AUGUCUUUCAGAUCGCUAAACACGGCAGCUUAUCUAAACAUGUUCAAGAAAGCAAUAGCGAUACUAUUGGCGAAAAGAAAAAGUACUUCAUUCAAAUACGCUUCACUAACUGAACUAAGCCUCUUCACGAUAUUCCUCGUGCAAUGCAUAUCUAAAACUACACAGCAAAUUAAUGAUGUCUGCCAUCCACCCCUGGAAAUGCAGAAAAAAUACCAAAGGAUCAAUUCGCUCCUUGUGGAGAUAAAGGCAAAGCUGGAAAAGCUUCAGGCACAUUCGAACAACUUAAAACUAUUCAAUGUAAAGAUCAAGGCACUGAAUGAAGCGUUUAGAGAGUGCAAUUCAAUAAUUGAGAAUGACAAAAAGGAGAAUGAAACAAACUCUGUGGAAGAAGAAAUGGAAGAAUUCGAUGAUAUGAGCGAGUACGAAUAUAACACGAGCGUUACGCCCGAUAACAACAAUGCCUUGUGUAAUCCGAUGUAUGAUAACACGGAUCAAACAGCAUCUUUUAUUGCAGAAAGUGAACCGAUAGUGAAGAAACGUACCCUCCAGUCCAUUCUCCUUUACGCAUCAUCCCUUCUUUCUAAGGAUCAGAAAACGCAGCAAAAUCUCAAGAAAAUUGUGAAUUUGCUUCAUGAGCAGAAGGAGGUGAGCCUUAACAACAUAGUGACAGCAUGUGGAAUUCCUAAGUACAGGGCAGUCGAUAUCCUUGGGAAGUUGAGUGGUGCGCAACGACCGCUUGUCAGUAAGAGGUAUGAUAAAGAGUUUUUCUAUACCUUGGUUGAUGAUGAGUAGCGCGUCGCAUGCCAUUAUGAAGUGAAGCACAUAUCGAAAUCACAGGUCUUGUGAAUUUCGAAUGUUUUAACUAAAUUGCUGUAAUUUUCCACUAA